AGGGAGAAGAGGAGGAGGAGGCCCAGUUUCCACGCUCGCCACAGGAAACUUGCGUUAAAUGCAAGCAGAGUCCCUCGAAAACAACUUGCGUGCAUGUGUGAGUAUAGAAAGUGUGUGAAGAGCAUUCAGCAGCAUGGUCAGCCGUGUGGAGCAUCCUGCUGGGGGCUACAAGAAGGUCUUUGAGACAGUGGAGGAGCUGAAUGAGCCGAUACCUGCAGAGGUCAAAGGCGUUAUCCCGUCAUGGCUCGGGGGCAGUCUUCUCAGGAUGGGUCCGGGUCUCUUCGAGGUGGGAGAUGAACCUUUCCACCACCUGUUUGACGGACAGGCUCUCAUCCACAAGUUUGACCUGAAGAACGGCCAGGUGACCUACUACAGGAAGUUUAUCAGGACGGAUGCCUACGUUCGUGCCAUGACGGAGAACAGGGUGGUCAUCACGGAGUUCGGCACAGCGGCCUAUCCAGACCCCUGCAAAAACAUCUUCUCCAGGUUCUUUACUUACUUCCGAGGCAUCGAGGUGACUGAUAACUGCUUAGUGAACCUCUACCCCAUUGGUGAGGACUUCUACGCUGUCACCGAAACCAAUUACAUCACCAAAGUUGACCCCGAUUCGCUGGAGACACUAAAGAAGGUGGACCUGUGUAAGUACCUCUCGGUGAAUGGGGUGACUGCCCACCCCCACAUUGAUGCAGACGGUACAGUCUAUAACAUCGGUAACUGCUUUGGGAAGAACUUCAGUCUGGCCUAUAACAUCGUCAAGAUCCCACCUGCUCAGAAAGAUGGAUCUGAUCCUUUAGAGAAAUCUGAAGUGAUGGUGCAGCUGCCCAGCAGUGAGAGGUUAAAGCCGUCCUAUGUACACAGCUUCGGUAUGACGGACAACUAUUUUGUCUUUGUGGAGCAGCCGGUGAAGAUCAACCUGCUCAAGUUCCUGUCGGCUUGGAGCGUCAGAGGAGCCACUUACAUGGACUGCUUCGAGUCCAACAGCAGCUUGGGGACAUGGUUCCACCUGGCAACUAAGGACCCGGCUGGUUACAUGAGCAGCCACAAGUUCAGGACGUCAGCCUUCAACGUCUUCCACCACAUCAACACAUAUGAAGACGAGGGGUUCAUCGUGGUCGACCUGUGCACCUGGAAAGGUUACGACUUUGUGUAUAACUACCUGUACCUGGCCAACCUGAGGCAGGACUGGGAGGAAGUGAAGAAAGCAGCGGCAAGAGCUCCUCAGCCUGAGGUCAGACGAUACGUGCUGCCGCUGGAUAUUCACAAGGUGGAACAGGGGAAGAAUCUGUUAUCUCUGUCCUACACGACAGCUACUGCCGUUCUUCAGAGCGAUGGCACCAUCUGGCUCGAGCCAGAAGUCCUGUUUUCUUUACCAAAACAGGCUUUUGAGUUUCCUCAGAUCAACUACCCUGUGUGUUGUGGGAAGAAGUACUCCUUCACCUACGGCCUGGGACUCAACCACUUCAUCCCUGACAGGAUAGUGAAGUUGAACGUGCAGACCAAAGAGACCUGGGUGUGGCAGGAGGACGAGUGCUACCCAUCCGAGCCGCUGUUUGUGCCAACUCCUGGAGCUACGGAGGAGGACGACGGUGUGUUGCUGAGCAUCGUGGUGAAGCCCGGUGCAGAGAGACCCGGCUUCCUGCUGGUGCUGGACGCCGUGAAGCUGACGGAGCUCGCCAGGGCCGAGGUCAACGCCAUCAUCCCGGUCACCUUGCACGGCAUGUACAAACCGUGAUUUCCAUGUAACGCGACCAGGAUGCUUCCUGAAACACAUUCAGCCUCCACACUUGAUGCUGUAUUUAGAGAUGAACUCCAUAUAUUUGUCCACACCGCUGCUCAUUAACCUAUUUUAUGCCUGAUUUUCUUCAUGUGACACGUGGAACAUAUCAUGAAGCGUUUAUUAUAUCAUAUCCAUUAUUUCUGAGUUGAUUGUGAUGAACAAAUGACGGUGGUGAACAGCAGCAAACACUCACCUUUACUGCAUGGACAGAAAGUCUUGUAAUUCAUAAUCAAAAUGACUUCUGUAAACUUCUGAAAUCGUUGUCAUAUUUUGCUGUAGAGAUUUUAAACAACUUUAUACAAAUAAAAGUUAAACUUCAA